GAGCGCCCUCGUGUCGCUAAAGCGAGAAUCGUUACGAUGCCUCAAAAACUACAACAACCGGCCAACAAGUCACAUCCGGGCGCCAGUCAAUGACGUCGGCGUUUACUUUUUGACGUCUGUUGAUAAAAUAUCAAGAUGUGCCCACAGGGACGUGAUGAGGCUUUACAUUGUUUCUGCAAGGAUAAGGUGUCGCCGUGGUUUAGAUAGAAAACCAGGAAAGGUACAGGAAGUGACGGUGCUUCUGUGUUGCCAUGGCGUCUGAGCUGCAGGAGGCGAUCUGUAUGGCCAAGCAGGAGCGUCACAAGAACCUGUUCCUCAACUACAGGAACCUGAACAUCUUUCCUGUCGAUCUGCUGAAGGAUGAAGGACUACAGUUCCUACAGAGGCUUUAUAUGAAGAGGAACUCUCUCACCACGCUGCCGGAUAAUCUAGCACAGAAGCUCCCCAACUUAAUAGAGCUGUAUCUGCAUUCCAACAACAUAACCUGUGUUCCUGAAGGUGAUGAAUGAUCUUCAGUCAUUUAGAAGAGGCUGGUUAUACUGAGUUACUUACAUUCAACACCUUGUCAGUACUACAUAGAGCCACGACUACAUGGAACUCUAUUCCACAUCAAGUAACUGAUGCAGGAGAAUAAUGUAAAGAAAUACACCUUAUUGAACAGUGGGGACUGUGAAGCAACACAAACAUAGGCACACACACACUAUAACAUACGCACUAUAUACACACACACACACACACACACACACACACU